AUGCCAAUUCUGAAGAAGCUCCCAGGAAGGUCCAAGAGCUGCAACGAGUUCCCCAGAGUGAACGGUGAACUGAUCCUACCCAAGCUGGACUUGGACCUGAGGGAUUUGAAUGAUCUCAAUGAUCUGAAUGAGCUGAAAGACCUGAAAGACCUGAACAAGAACCUGAAUCCCUUCGAGGAUGUGGACCUGGAUGAGGAUGAGAGGAAUGGAGGUGACAUGGGUCUUAUCAUGGGGGAGGUCAGGGGUAACAUCCAGCUGAGGUCCUCCCUUGAUGGAGAAGAGGAGGAAAACGAGGUAAAUGCAGGGAGGCAUGGGGCUGGGAACCCUAAAGGAAGGCCUCUCAGGGGAACCCUAGAGCGGAUCUGUGGAGUGUCACCGCUCAAAACCCUUGGAAAACUUGGGAAGGGUCUCCGCAUAUCUGGACGCAAUGUAUGGGGGAACAACUCCCCCCAUUAUAGCCCUGGAGACUCAAACACACUCCCACCAGAGAGGGAGAAAAAGAAAGGACUACGCAGGAGCUCCGAAGGAAAAAUUAUGACUCUGCUCCGCUUUACAGGUCGGCGUAAGGAGGAGCGCAGAGAAAGCCUGCCCUGCGGGGACCUGAGUGCAGACAGUGAGGCGGAGGCUUCCAGACGGUCCUCCUUCCUCAGGAUGGUCAGUCUGGGCAAGCUGAAGAGAGAGUCCAUGUCAGACAAGGCUUCCCAAGAGGCAGAGGAGGAAACAGUUGAGGAGGAACCGGUGGUCAAGACCAGAGAACCCCUCUCAGUGCUGGAGAUCCUGCAGUUGGUCAACCACCGUGAUCUUCUCCUGGCCGACACACACAUUCAGGAGCUGGAGCGAGAGUGUGAGCUUCUGUCUCUCCUGCCGGCCCAAACCAGUCCCACACUUACUCCUACCCUUUGUCCCAGCACCCCUCUCGGCAUGUUACCCCUAUCAUGCUCAUCCUUGGAUGAAUCCAUCAGCUCCAAUGCAACACUGGACUCAAGCCGGCGGAAGGCUAAGGAUGUGGAGCUCCUGUAUGAAGCCCUGCAGAGGGAGAUGUGGGAUGUAGUGCGGGAGUCCCUGCGUCAGCCCAGCGCUGGUCCCAACCUUGGACUGGUGGUGCUGGUGAUUCAACAGGAGGAGCACGCUGAUGCAGCCUGGGCCCUCAGAGAGGAGACAAAGCCUGAAAGAGAGGGGCCUCAGACCCAGCCCAGCCAGCGUCCCCGCCGGCUGAAGAUGAAGUGGAGGCAGGCUGUGGCAGAGGCUGCAGACUGGAGCCUGCCACACCAGGUGGACACCCAGGCCGGCCAGCUGGCUUCAUACCUGGAGCGCCUCAGGAGUCGGAUGGUGGAUGACCUAGAUGCAGCGAGGAGGAACGCUGUGUCCAUUUACCCAGAGGAGUUUGCUGCCUUUCAGGUGUAUUUGGAAAGUUACCAUCGAGCCGUAGCCAAACGUCUUCGGACCAUUACCAGCGGACCACUGCAGAUCACAGACGUCUACUCACUACUGGACUGGUUCUACAAUAUCUACAACAGGGAUGUCCUGGGUACCAUCAGCACAGCCACACCCAUCCACUAUGCCUCUCUGGACCCCAUUCUGUCUCAAGACACGGUGGACAGGCUGGAGCAAGACUGCUUGAGUAUUGUGAGGGAUAAGGUGACAACAGAGCUGAUUCAGGUUCUGGACGAAGAGGAGCGACGAUGGGCCCAGACUCUGCACAUAGAGGAGUAUCAGUCCAACCUAGCACGCUCAGUAAUCCAGAGGCUUAAAGUGGACUUGGACAGAUCUACAUCUGUGAACCAGUUUCUAGGGGCAAGAGUGGCUCGCUGUAGUCUCAUCGGAUUGGCUGAUUUUCUCUACAGUUUCCAGAGGAAAGUAGAGAUGUUUCAUGAGACUCAGGCAGAAUUUGGAGAUCGAGGGGACGGAUAUGUUUCCAGGACCAUAGCUCUGGUCAACUGCUGCCCUCCUCUCAGAUCCUUUGUGGAGCGCUGCAGGCAGUGUGACCCACAGAGCAGCGAAGAGACGGCACAGAGAGCCAACUCCUCCCUGGACCGGAUCAUCAACCAGUCUGUUAGGGUGUUGACUGACAGGCUGUUCGAACACAUCAGGCCUUUCUUUGACAAACUGAUAAAGAGAAAAUGGCUGAACAACACAGAGGCAUUUGAGGCCAUUGAAGCCAGCAUCAAAAAACACUUCAAGAAGUUCAGAAGGAUGGAACCUCCACCAUAUCAGACGCUGGUGGGUGAGGUGCACCGGCGGGUUCUGGUGGAGUACGUCCGAGCCAUCAUGCGGGGACGGGUCAUCUGUACAUCCUCCAAGAUGAGGAAGAGGAUGGCUUUUCGCCUACAAGAUGAGGCCAAACAGCUUAAAGGGCUCUUUAAGGAUCUGGAAUCAAGCUCAUCCUGGUUGGACAGCAUCAUCUGCCACCUUGCUGACAUCAUUCUCCUGGAGGACACCCCCUCCAUCCAAAUGGAGGUUGCUGUCUUGGUGAAAGAGUUUCCAGAUAUACGGAAGAAACACGUCUCCACCCUGCUGAACAUACGCGGAAUGAUGCGGCAGGCAGAGCGUCAGGAGAUCCUCAACAUCGUGAAAGACUUUGAGUGCAGCAGCGUCCUGAUGUGCCGGGACCACGCCCUGUUUUCCGACAUCCCCAUCACCUCAGAGGUGCACUGCAUCAGCCUGGGUCUCCUCCGCCUCGCCAUGACCGUCACCAACUGGUUCUCAGAGCACCGGCCGAGGCGAAACCACAGGGCAAGCGCCAGAAACGCAUCACCUCAACCUUCUGAGAGCCAGAACAAUGAAGAAAUGAAUAAACUUCACAGAGAAGACUAGCUGUUGGUGUUAAUGUUAAUGUUAGGAAAGUAGUCACAGACCUACUGUGAAGACACUGAUGAGAUGUACAUGCACCUUGACCAAAAAAACUAACUGAUUGUACCAAAUAUUGCUACCAGCCACUUAAAGAAACUUGAUCUCAGGUACUGCUCGUACUGUACAUGCUCACUGAUAUUUCUUCCAUCUCCAGAUGUGCAUUGUCAAUGGAAAUGUGAAGCUCAUCAAGAUUUGUAAUUGUUGUAUGUUGAUCUACACAUCUAAAGAAGUAAACAAAUGGUAUAAAAUAUCCUCGAAAUGUAACUUGUUCAAUCUCUUUUAGCCUUUUAUUGCUCCACAUCAUUGCAGAAACAACUGCUAGCAGAUGCAAUGCAAUACGUUCUAGGAUGUUCUGCUGUUUAUAAUGUAUUUACCCAAUCAUACAUACCCAUUCUCUGGUAUUUAGUGCAUGUGUAUGUGAGGAUAUAGUGUAUGGAAAUGGAAAUGUGUUGAACUCUCACUGUGAAUGAAAUGGAUCAGUUGCUGGAAACUUAAU